CGUAAUCUGGAUGACGGCCAUUUUUGUAUCACUCUCUGGACUAUUACACGUCUUUAGGGAAGACGGCAUUCGUGACAGCGAAUCAUAAACUUGUAGUGGAUUUUGCGGCGUCAAAUAGUUUUUUCAGCAACUGCAGGAAGCGUUAAAGAAGCAGCCAUGUUUUUAAUGGAAUGGUUCUCGUCUAUGCUGAAUUUUUUAGGUUUAUGGAAGAAAUCGGGUAAAUUAGUGUUCUUGGGCUUAGACAAUGCGGGUAAAACAACACUGCUGCACAGACUCAAAGAUGACAGAAUGGCCCAGCAUGUACCUACGCUGCAUCCAACAUCGGAAGAGCUGUCCAUGGGAGGAAUGAAAUUCACCACAUUUGACUUAGGUGGCCACAGACAAGCACGUAGAGUAUGGAAGGAUUAUUUCCCAGCUGUGGAUGGUAUAGUUUUCCUCAUUGACUGUCAUGACAGAGCCAGAUUUGUUGAAGCCAAGGCGGAAUUAGACAGUUUACUAACAGACGAACAAGUAGCCAACGCCCCAGUGUUGAUACUGGGCAACAAGAUUGACAUGCCAGGUGCUGCCAGCGAGGAAGAGAUCAGGCACUGGUUUGGCCUGCACAACUUGACCACAGGGAGGGGCACAGUUUCAAGAAGCGAACUGCCCGGCCGGCCCAUGGAGCUGUUCAUGUGCAGUGUGCUCAAGCGACAGGGCUAUGGGGAGGGCUUCCGCUGGCUGGCACAGUACAUCAACUAGUGGCUGCACACCUCACCAGAGGAGGGGAGAGGGCGGGGUGGGGUGGGGGGGGGGGGGCAGGGCAGAGGGUGGGAAGAUGGUUGGGGAGAGCGUUGGAGAGACGAACCGAGUGUGGUAGCGGUUGAAAGGAGAACUAAAUAACUGCAAGUCUGGGUAUCAGAUAGUUUUGUGUUGUGUGUUUUGUUUUUUUUCUUCCCGCUCCUCCGGAUGUAUGAGUUCCUACGUCUUGACCUUUUGGUCGGGUAAAUUGUAAUUGUGUGUAUGGAAGUCGGUAUGGAGGUGGGUUGUAAAGUGAGAGUAGUGAGUGUUGAUUUUUUUUUUUCCUUGUGAGAAAAACAGAAAAAGAAAACAGAUUCCUUUUCUUCGUAUGAGAAGAUAUAACUCCCUUCCAUUAGCUUUCAGCCUAAAGUUUGUGUGUAUAUCUGUGAUUGCUUUUCCCAGUCUUUUUUUUUGUUGUUGCUAUCUAAUAUUCUUUUAGCAUUUGAAUUUAGGAAGACCGUUGUCCCUUGUAUUUUGGAUAUAUAUAUGUUUCUUUUUUUCAUUAGCAUUUUACUUUCAUGUUCCCAUUUGUGGCCUUGUUUGACAGAGUAGGGUGAUGUAGCAAGCAUUUUCAUCCUAACUUGACGAUGAAAUUGGAAAUUUUGUCUCUUUCUUUUUUUUUUAAGGACGCUCACUAUGUUGCAUGGGAAAAAAUUAAUGGGGCUGGGGUUUUUUUUUUCUUGUUUUAGUUCAGUAGUUAAAAUGCAAAAAUUAAUUUGGGAGCAGUGAAAGAGCAUAGCACAUUUUAUAUGUCUCUAUCUAUAUUUGUAUAUGUAUCAUUUGUAUAUGAUGAAAUUAACAUGGCAUCUCAUCUCAUCAUAAAUAAACAGCAACGGUAUGCCAUCAUUUUCAUCGAACAUAGCAGAAUAAUAAAGAAAGUUGAAUUUUCUGUCCCUGUGUCUGUUGGUCUGGUGGCUGAGGUCCUUGCACUAGUGUAGUGUCGGAGAGGCUGUUACUGUUAGCAUUCUAACAACUGGAAAAAAAAGUUAUGUGGAGAACUGGUCAAGGCUUUCCGUAGACGUUGCGUUGUAUUGUACGUGGGGUCCAGUGUUUCCUAAACGGGAUGCUGGGGGGUUGUCGUUGGUUGUGAGAUGGCGGAUAAUUACUGAACCACAGUUUGUGUUUCUGCUUCGUCUAUGUGUGCGUAAAGCUGUUGGCGCUGAUUCCGGGGUUCUGUAAGUGCCUCGGUUUGUGAAAGAUAUUGGGCACAGAAGUUCGUUAAAAGUUGAUGAAGGCCAGAGAAAUAGAAAAUAUGGGCAGAUAUUUUGACAAAUGCUCAAAUUUUGUGAGUGGAUUUAUUAAGAAAUCUGAAAUCUUCACAUGAUGUUGAUAGAUAUUGUUUGCUGAGGACUUGAUGCUCGACAUAGGAUGCUUCAAGCUCUUUCGUGCCAAAGAAACUUUCAAAGAGAAUUUUGUCUUUUUUUUUUCAUUGGAAAAAAAAAAGUUAUGUUUAGCAAUGUGUAAAAACUGAAAUUAAACAUGAUUUGGAAAAAUGGAUUUUGUGUAACUUGCAUUCUGUUUCUAACCCAGAGAGACUGUCAAAUAACCAUUUUAUCCACAACCUGAAAAUGGGUUAAUGAUGCACUGUCAAAGUACAUGUGCAUGUGACGUUAGGUUGGUGAUGUAGCUCGGCAGACUUGUAGUUAAGCUCACAUAAUGUGAUGGGUGCCUCAGAGAGAGACUUUCUCACGAUGCUGCUGAUAGAAAGUAGGAGAAUUUGAAAAAGUGUAGUUUUGAUCGAGAAUGGUCAUCUUGCAACUUUCACUCUCAGAGCUACUGCUUCAUAUAUAUAUAUAUUAUAUACACUUUUGUAGAGGCUACUUCUCAUCAGUUUUGUAUCUUCAGCCCUUCUUCUUAUUGUCAGGGUUAACCAGAACUUUAUCCAUCUCAUUGGUUUUGGUCUGCGUGUUUUAUGACAGUAUUUUUGAUAAAAUUUGGUUGAUUUGCUUGUUGCAUUUGGGACAAGAUUUCGCACAUAUUGUACAUCUGUGUACAGGCCUGCGUGGCUUUGUUGUGUGUGUAUAAAGUAGUAAGAUGCAGGGAAAUGUGGAUAAUGUAUGAGAGAGAAAGAGAGAUGAGUGUCACUGUAUGCAGAAGAUUGUGAAAACCAGAUCACUUGGAUGUUGCUCGUUUUGAUGGAAGUUUGUGGCUUGGUUUCUUGAUUUUGUCUCUCUUUCUGUUUUGCUGUGGUCCUGAAUGAUUGCUCUACUGUGGAAGUUGCCAGACUGGUGGGGAACCUGUAAAGUUGUGCUCAUUUUUUGGUUGUUUUAAAAAAAAUAUAUAAUACUGACAGACAACACUCUAUUGUUAACACAUGUCUGAAUUCUUCAAAGCUUGAGUGGGUUCUGCCUACCUGAAAAGAGGUCACCAGGAUCUGGUGUAGUGGUUAGGCUCUUCACGAUGCCACACAAGACCCGAGUCAGAUUCCUGUGUUGGGUGAAUUUUUUAUCGAGUAUGUUGGUCUGUCUACUGGGAUGUUGUAAUUGUAUCCCUCUCACUCUCAGCUCAGGUUGGCCCCAAGAGGUAGGGUCCAGCCCGCCUCCUAAAUGAUCUAAAUUGUGUUGAUGGGGCUGACAUAAAAAUAUUAAAAUAAGAAAAGAGGUCACGUUCCUAUCAGCUUCAGUGUAAAACAGUCUGGUUGUGUGUGUUGUUGUUUUUUGGUGGGUUUUUUUUUUACCUUGAGAUUGGUGCUCUAACUCUAAUGUGAGUUUGUAGAGAGUUGAGAAGUUGACAGGACAGGCAAGUGUGUUGGAACAGGGUUGUCUUCUACUUCUGUCGUACUUUGCCGUUUAACUGUAAGUUGUAAGUUCGGACUGGAAGAAGACACUUGGUUGUUUUGUGCUUUUGAUGGUGGGUGGUGUGUUAUUAUUUUAUUCUUAAAUUACAUUUACUACUUGAUCGUCCUGCUGUCAGGACUCUUCUGUGCCACUUGAUUAGCUCUAAGUCUUCUUGACUGUGUUUUUUAAAAAGAUAUUUUGGACUCCUAUUGCUCUUGUUCAUGAUGAUACCAACUUAUUCAAACAGUGUUUUAAAAAUUAUUUAAACUUUUUUGGUUCAUUUUUUAAAGUUUUUCUUUUUGAUGAACAUGAUCUUUGUUUUAUAAUCAAGGGAAGGGGACUUUUGCUCGGGAAUAGUGCCACAGCAGAGGAAUCUUGAGGACUUUUUCUCUGUGGUGAUCAAUUUUCUGGAGUCACAUUGGCAUGGUUGACACGAGUCCGGCAAAACUGCAUCUUUGCUCUUUAAUUUGGUUUAUAUUAUUUAUAAUGAGGUUUCAUCCUUCCUGAAUUAUUUUUUCUUUUGAUCAGGUGUGGCUUUCUUGUGUGGCCACUGGCAUAUUUGUAUGCAGGUUGGGUUUUAUUUUAAUGACUGUUGUUUGUUCUCAUAAAAGCUUAACAAAAAGUUGAAAAUCGUUUUAGAUUACAUUUAGGUUAACAAUUUUGUCCUGUUGUCUCUAAAAAGUUCAUGCAAUCAAAUGUUGACGGCUUGUUUAUUUUCGUCCAAAUGCUCGCCUCUUUUUUUUGCUGCUUUGCAGCCAGUGUUAACAGUCACAUCUUCUUUUUUUCCUUCACUUAAAUAUGUCAGUAUUUCUUUCCUGUUCUAUGUGGUCCUUUAGUGGAGAAGGUUUAAUUACCCUUUCUCUAUCUGCUAAGGAUGAAAUCUUUGUCUUUGGGGUUGUUUUUUUACCCAGAUCUUUCUUCUGCUUUUUUUUUUUCAAUUCCUCUCACCUUUUAUCAGACAAAAGAGAGAGAGGCUGACUUGUCACCCGGUUUUUUCUGAGAGACAGAAAUGUGUGUACAUGAAUAUGAUGUGAUCUAGAUGCGCUCGUUUUCUUAUCUUUUUUUUGCUCGAAAAGUGGUGUGGUUCCUGAUCUAAUAUGAAGAAGAAAAAAUAAAGAUCAAACUCUUUCUGAUAGUGAUACAGUACAUGUAGUUUGGUUGAGAAUGUUUGCUUGACAAAUGCUUUCUGACAUAGCACCAUUGAGAGCCCUGCAAGAAAUGUUGCACAUAUUAUAUAUUAUAUAAAUCUAUCACGUUUCUCAUGUUAUCUAAUUUUUCUUCUUUUGAUGCGGAAGAUCUUAUUAUUCUAAUUCAACAACAGCAGAAUCUGCAAAACAAGGAGAUGAACUAACUAAAAGGGCUGUAAAAUUUCAUAGAAUGACUCGCUGAUAUUGUGUCGCGUUACUUUUUUUUCUUCUGCAAGAGAAAAUAAAAAAACACAUGAACAUGUAUUCAAAAAGUAAA